AGAGAAUAAUUAUUGACUCAAGGACCGUUUAUUAGCCAUUUUCUAGUCUAUAUAAUUAUUAAACACAUUAACUGUGGACUCUGAUGUGUCUACUAGUAUUGACUAGAGCAUUUGCGUAUAAUAGACAUCAGUAUUAAUUAAACAGUGGCAAGAUCGAAGAAACCGAAUAAGCUCCACAUCCAUAUCAGUGACUCAAGACUCUUCAUUGAUAUAAUUAUACCUGAUCCCUUUCACAGCCACCCAAGUACUAUAUAAUAAAAGCUCCUAAACACGAAGACACUGUAUCUCUGUCUGCUAGCAAAGCAAGUCAUCCAUAAAGAAACAGUGGAAACCAGUGCAACAUAACAAUUGACAGGUGCAUAUCUGAGGCCUGAGGAGCUUUGUGAGCUAGUGUGUGAGGGGACUAAUGAUGUCACUGGAGGGAGACCUAGUAUUCACCAAGCGGUUUGUGGACUGUGUCAAGAAGCCGCAUUCAGACAGGACACCAGAGGACCAUGACUACAUCUGCCACACUCUGAAGAAGUUGAGUGAAUUCGAGUUCUACGACUCAACACAGUUCAAGUGUGUUCCUGACAGGCUGAUCUACGAACUGCAUCUGAAAGACACCAUUCUUUACGAAGCCGGUGCCUUGGCAGACUGCUGGUACUGUGUCCUCACUGGCAGUGUCAUGCUCUCUGAUACUUACUUAUUCUCAACAGGGAGCAGUUUCGGGCGUUGCAUCAACUUAAACCAGAGAGACGAUCGGUGUCACAUCCUAGAGAAGACAGAGCUCCUCAAAAUCAACUAUAGUGAGGAGGAGAUGAAACGGUUUGCCCAGCGAGCGGCCAAGAUGGCCAGCAAAAGCCCCAAGGCUUCGGUGGACCUCACCACCAGUGGAGAACACUCACUGUCUACGACCCAAGUGUCCACCACUGCUGCCAGUACCAAGGCGGAGGAUACUGUACCACCGUCCGGAAUGACAGAGGGACGGUCAGAAAAUGUUCCACUCACAAAAUUCGAGUCCCUUCUGAGUAGACGAAAAGGCAGUGAUGGGUUAGAACUUGAGUUGCAUGUGGCCACUAGUACCCCACCCCCUGACAGUACAGGGUCCCCUCGAAGGACGCAGGUCUACCCCAUGAGUGCAGACGUUCUCUCUGACAGGGACUCGAGGAGCAUGAGUGAAGAAAGGUCACCGUUUUUCUCAUUUGAAGAAAAGAAGAAAAGUAUGUCCAAUGACAGUCUCAAUAAAGCAAUGGAGCACCCAGUGACCUUUGACCUGGCAAUAGCAGGUCCAACAUCGUCAGAGGUCAUAGUACGAUCGAGGGACAGGCGUAGAGAGCGGAGGGCCAGUGCUCCCCCAACAGAUCACAGGAUACGAGACUCUGUCGGCUCACUCGACUACUUGUCCGAGAGUCAAGUUGAUUCUGAUGACGAGGAAUCUGUGCAAUCAGAGUCUUCCAGUGCCACCAGUAUGGACGCUGUGCUGGAGGUGCUGUCAAAGCCCCCCACUGACAGAUCAGAGGAGGACAUAGAGCGAGUGAUGGACGUCUUACAGUAUAUACCAGCUUUCACCAACAUGACGUCCAACAUACGACAAGCCCUGUUCCAGAUACUCAUGCUGCAGACCUUUGAGAACGAGGGCUCCAUCGUCAUUGACAACGGGGAAGAGGUGGACAAGUGGUAUGUAGUGCUCAACGGUCAGCUGCGACUGGUGAGGGACUCGGACACGGACAGGACCUACCACGUUGGAGACUCGUUUGGCAUCAACCAGAGUCUCAAGGUGCUCCCUCAGAGAGGGAAGCUGCUCACAGCAGAGAAAUCAUGCACUCUUUGCUUUGUGACCCUGGAGGAGUACAGUCGUGUGCAGAUUCAGGGAGAGGAGAACCUGAAGAGAGUGGAGGUGGGCGGAGAGCUGGUGGCAGUGUUGGAGAAGAGAGCCGUGGACGCCAAGAGGGAGGGCUACUUUAUUGUACAGGCGACCCCGGAGGAGCUCUUGAAGAACCUCUGUGAGGAGACAGUGGACGAUUUGUUUAUGAAGGACUUCCUGCUCACGUACAAGACCUUCCUCCCCUCCCCCCUGGUCGUAGUGGAUCAGCUCAAGAAGGCUUGGGUCGAAGGAAUGCCUGAGCAGAGAGAGAGGGUGACGGUGAUACUGACAUACUGGGUGGCAGAACAAUACUCUGAGUUCGAGGAGAUGACAGAGAUGUUGGACUUCCUGGACUGGUUCGAGAUACGACUCGUAGAAGACGGCAAGCUCAGUGAGAAGAGGACUCUGGAUAAACUGAGAUCAUCACGAGCUGCCACCAGGAGCAUUGAGCUGGAUCGAGCAGGUACCAACUCUCCACUGGAGUUUGAGGUGGUGGGAGGAUGGGAGGUCGGGCAUCCCGUGUUUGUGUCAAAGGUCGAGCCAGGGUCAAUGUCAGAGAAGGCGGGGCUUAGACUAGGAGAUCAGAUAUUGGAGAUAAAUGAUGGAAAUUGUAUUAAGAAGGAGCUGAAUCAGGUGUUGUCCACAUUGCGUAAAAACUACAAGCUGUCCCUCAAAGUCAAGUCCAACCUCCCUGAGUUCAGAACGUUUGUGGCAGACCCUCCAAAAGUACCAGCUGAUUACUCGUCCAAAUCUCCCGCCCCCGCACCAAUGGUCCCCCUCAUUCCUAUGGCACGCUGUAACUCAGAUUCCAAACCUGCCGCCACAAACGGGAAAUCUUCGGGCAAGACUCCAAGUUCCCCAAAGCCAAAGAAAAAGGGCCCGCACAUAAUGAAACCACUAACGGCCUUUACUGGAAAGCUAUCCUCUUUGGAUAAAUUCAGAAAGUUCAAGCUCGGCCCUCGAUCGAGUUCCUCCGCUAUUGUGACCACGGACUCACAUGAUGGCACCACCGGCCCCGCCCCCCUUAAAGCUUUGAAAAAAAGUCGUAAAAGUCGAAAAAAUUCGACAGAGAACUUGUCCGAUGGGAAAGGAGACAAAGGUAGAGGAAAGAAAGGUGACCCUCUAACUAAAAGAGCAAUUUCGAUGGAGGACCUUCACUCUCUGAGCUCUCCAGGGGGUAACGGGAAGGGGGGUGCUGCCGGGAAGAUUGUCGAUGCCGUAGUGAAAUUGUACCUCCCUGACCACUCACACAAGUACCUGGAUAUCUCUCCAUCGACUACAAUAGCUGACUUGAUCAGCAGAUCAGUGAAGGAGUUCUAUCCUGACAAGUUUGUCGUCUCACCAUCAAGUGAGUACUGUAUCUGUAUGGUGACUGUGGACAGUAGGAACGGCCCAAUACGUAACUCAGUGCUCCCUAAUCACUUGACAGACCUUGCCAACUAUAUUGGCCUCGGAAGCAGGUAUUAUCUGAAAGAAAGAGCUUUCCACGGCACGUUGGUACAGGACGAAGAAGCCGAGCACAUUGUGAAGGAGAGUCGACUGUGGGAGCACAUCCUCAGCCUCUCACCAAAGCAGGUGGCAGAGGAGCUCACACGAGCCGACUCGGUGGUGUUUUGCAGCAUAGACUCUCGUGAGUACAUAGCUGACCUGUGGAGGAAUCGAGACCAACAGGCCAAACAGAACCUGUCCAGGUUUGAGAAUAUCCCCAACGACGAGAUGUACUGGGUGGUGACAAUGGUUGUCAGUGAAACACGAUCGGACAUGAGGGCCAAGCUCAUGAAACAGUUCAUCAAGAUAGCCAGAUGCUGUAAGGAUCAGAGAAACUACAACUCCAUGUUCCACAUUCUGAGUGGUCUCCACCACGGGCUGGUCUCUCGACAGAAGAGCUCCUGGGAGAAGGUGCCCUCCAAACACAAGAAGUCUAUGGAGGACAUGUCAGGCUUCAUGAAUCCUUUCCAUAACAUGGCCAAGUACCGUGAGCUCCAGCGAAGCACUCCUCCACCACUCAUCCCAUUCUUCCCCAUCAUAAAGAAAGACCUCACCUUCUUGUUUGAUGGCAACGAGUCACAAGUCAAGGGGCUCGUCAACUUUGAGAAACUGAGAAUGCUGGCCAGACAGAUACGACUCAUUAAGACCUACUGUCAGCAGCCCAUCAUUCCCGACCCUCCGCAGGUAGACCUCGGUAAGCUUGGGGGCAUGUUAAAAAGCAUUCACCAUUCGAUCAGACUUAGAAACAAGUCCACCAACAUGGCCACCAUCACUGACAACGUGCUCAAGGAAGUCUACACACACCACCGCAUGCUGAAGAUGGUGAGGAAACAUUUAGAAAGAAAGUACGUGGUUCAAGAAGAGGACCUCCUCGAGAGAAUAGCGGAGAGCAGUGAGAGAGUUGUGCAGCUGCGUAGAAAUCCACCGAGCCCCCUCAACAGAGUAAAGAGGAAAUCGGCUCCUAACGAUAAAUACAGCAACUUCAACAACUUCAAGCCCAUUUCACCGUCCCCUACGACUGUCUCCUUGGGUUCAGACACGUCUGCUGCACCCCCUGUCGACGGCUUCACACCACCUUCGUCGCCACGGAGACAAUUAUCAGUACCUGCAUCAGCAUUAGCAUCUGAUUCUCAAAGUAGCUCUUCUGUUUCUGUAUCACCUUCUCUAAAUGAUUCAGUGGCUACGGAGGCCAAUGGUUUGGUGCAAGCAGUGCAGUAGUUGACUCACAAACAAUUCAGCAAUUAACUGUGUGCCAAAUGUAGACCUCCUGUGACCAUGCUAGCUUAUUAAUUUUUGUUGGGUUGACUCCUAUAUAUUGUGUAUAUAGUGUGUCGCUGUAUUCUCUGUUGUGUAAUAUUAAAUUAAUGUGUUUGUGUGCCUGUAAUAAAUGAUCAUGACCAAUAAUUGUUAUUGUACAUCA